CUCAUUUUAACUGUGUAAUACAGACCCCGCUCCCGUGGCAUGCGACGCAAAACGGAAACUCAAUUUAAUUAAUGUCGUUUUGGUGAAAGCGGGAGCAUUUAGCCACGGGGAAGCUGCGAGGCUUUGUCUAUACUACCGGGUGCAGCAUUUUAAUGUUUGAUCGCAAAGUCGUAUUCUCAUACAAGUUGGCUGCGAGGUUAUGAUCACUUCAGCACAUUAAGUGACCAAACCCUCAGCCACCAUCUCGUUUAUAUGGCGGCAAAGGAACCUGCAGAAAAUGAUGUCAGCCUUCCCUUCCCCGCGUUGCAGCUCUUGGCCCCGCCCGUGCGGCUGGUGUCGGCGGCCGUGUGGAAGGUGUUGAAGCAGAGGGACGUGGCUCGGUACGGCGUCGUUGAAGAGUUCGUGACGUCGGUGUGCGAGAGCGUACCUGGGAUGCUUACCUUUCGGCACCAGGGUAAGCUGACGUUGGGACUGCGAGGACGGUUGAUUCUUGAACUCCUCUCCUGCAGUCCAGAUCAUCCCGACCUGGAGCUUAUAAACCGACAUAUGGAACGGUUCUGUGCUCCUGCACCCUGUUCCACAGCUCAUAAACUGAAAAAGGACCUAAAGAUCGAGAGGACGGUGAGCAGCUUCCACGAGCUGGUGGAGACUCUUCUGCAGGACCCCGCUGAAAGACUGCAGUUCUUCAAGGAAGAGUUUCCUGAGGAGUAUGGUCCCAAGUUUGAUGAGGAACUUGAAAAGCUGCUCUGGGAGUUUUUGAUUCGCCUGGACCAGCUGCUCCCGGUUCCUAACCUGGUUCAGACGGUGUCGUGGCUCAGCACUGCCCCCCCUGUGCUGGAGGAGUGUGCGCAGGCGGCCACCCAGCCUCAACUGCUGAAAACCAUUCUUCAGUACCAGACAUGUUUAGGCCGUCUGGAAGUGGCUGCCUCCCUGCCUCCGAAAAUGGGCGACUCCAUCUUGACUUCGCUGUCCCUCCUGCCCUCUGGGAAGCCGCCCUCCGCCCAGCCGACAGCGGUCGGCCACAGCCCCUUCUCGAGGAGCAAGCCGGGCGCCAGGCGCCCGACAGACGCCGCGGAGAAUACGAGCCAGUUUAUCUCGCCGGUCAUCGGGCUGAUAUCCAACAAAGACGUGCCGGCCAUGAUCACGGCGGCCGGCAGGAAGAAGGCGGCGAAGGACAAGGAGGAGAGCGAGAGGAGCAACGGAGUGAAACGCAAACAGCCCGACGCCGGCGAGGAAGAAGGAGCGGGCACGGAGGAGGGGGAGGAGGAGGAGGAGGAGGAGGAGGAGUGGAGCCCGGCGGGGUGUGGCACCGCUAAAAGGGGCCGGAGGAGUUCGAAGAAGCGCCGCGGAAGACCGAGUGGACGCCAGCGGAGCCGAAGCAAGAGUCUCUCGGAAGACGGCGACGGGGAGCCGGACACCGCGGGGCCCCUGAGUGAGGCCCGCGGGGCCCGGCCAGCCCUGUUCUCCUCCUGUCUGCGCCAGCAGCCCAUGGUGCUCCUCCGCAGGCUGGACCAGGCAGCGUUGGGCACCGCUAAUGCUGAAGGUGCGGGGUUCAAGGGUGAACAUGACGUCAAGAACGAGGAGGACGACGAUGACGACGACAACGGCGAGCAGGGAAGUAGUGGCAACGUGCGCGCCAAGAAGAAUGUGCUCAAGAUCUCAGCGGGGAAACGGAGGAAGUGCAAGACCCAGCCCCCCUGUUCAGAUGACAAAGAGAAUUGUCAUGUAUAUCCAGGUAUAUCCAGCCCUCCAACAAUUACAGAGUCACAUCACACACCCGGAGAAAGCGACGACGUCAUAGGAGAUUCUGAGGAUGAGGCCACAAAGAACUUUAAGGGGAUGCUGUUUGUGAAGCGUUACUACAAGACCAAACACGACACCUAUGUUCCAACUCUGCGUGAAUUCUGUAAACCUUGGAUGGCCAGGCCUAACUUGCUCUCCCCCGGCUGAUGGAAGAGAUGGCGUAGAUGCAUGUUCACGGUCAUGUGUGUGCGAUGUCACUUAUUAAAUGAUGUUUACGCCGUUUUAACAUAA